AUGGAGGGUCACAAUGACAAAGGGAAUAAUCCUCCAAAGCCAGAUAAAAAAUUUUCACUUUGGUACAUGGGAUGGUCCUCCUUAGACAGGCGGACAACACUGCCGAUGCUGCCGUGGCUUGUUGCGGAGAUUCGCAGAAAAAGUGAGAAGAAUGAAAGUGGUCCCGCGCAGGCCAGAGAAGUUCAGCUGUUACUUAUACCUCCUCUCAUCCGCUGUGUCCCCGCGAACAGCAGCAAUGCCUCCGUCUUCAUUUUCGAACACAAAGCGCAGUUCAUAUCACGGUUCAUCCACAACAGUCAUGACCUCACAUAUUUUGCCUAUCUGAUCAGGAACCAGCCUGAAGAUCCCGAAUCUGAAAUGGCAUGCCAUGUGUUCAAGGCGUGUGACCCAAACCAGGUGCCAGAGGUAAUCAGCAGCAUCAGACAAGUUUCCAAGGCAGCCCUAAAGGAGGACAGUAGACCCAAACAAGACAGUGAUGAAUCCUUCUACAACUCCCAGAAGUUUGAGGUGCUGUACUGUGGCAAGGUGACAGUUAACCACAAGAAAGCACCUUCCACCCUAAUCGACGAUUGUAUCGAUAAGUUCCGUCAGCACGAGGUGGAACGCAAGCGUCUACGCCUCCUCAAUGGCCAGCGUGGUUCCACAGAGACCCCCGUGGAUUUCAUAAUCGGCGAAGACCCCCUGAGUGCUUCUCUGAAUGAAGCUGCAGAGACCCAGACUGGGCCAUCGGAUGUGCCGUUGGAUUCGGGCAACGAGAAGAUUAACCCGAAUAGCAGUCCGAGCAUGGGAGGCCUUCGUGGGACUUUCCCUGAAUGUAUCUUGGAGGACUCGGGGUUCGAGGAGCAGCAGGAGUUCCGCACACGCUGCAGCAGUCUGGCAGGCAGCCUGCAAAGGAGGCCCAGGGAGGCGGCCAGCAUGGGGCCCGUCCGCAGAAGGCACUCUAGCGCCCCCAAUAACGUACAGCCCUCUGACGCUGACAAGAACCGCACCAUGUUGUUCCAGGUUGGACGGUUUGAAGUAAACGUCAUUAGCCCUGACAGCAAGACAGUGGUUCUCGAGAAGAAUUUCAAAGACAUCUCCUCCUGUUCUCAGGGUGUAAAACAAACAGAUCACUUUGGCUUCAUCUGUCGUGAAACCGCAGAGUCUGGGCCCAGUCAGUACGUGUGUUACGUGUUCCAGUGUGCGAGUGAGUCUCUAGUCGAUGAGGUAAUGCUCACCAUGAAGCAGGCUUUCAGUACAGCUGCAGCUCUCCAGAGCUCUAAAACCCCCAUCAAACUGUGUGAAGCCUGUCCAAUGCAUGACUUGCACAAGCUCUGUGAGAGGAUUGAAGGUCUGUACCCUCCGAGGGCAAAAAUAGCCAUUCAGAAAUAUCUCUCUCAACUGAGUGACAACGAACAAGCAGAUAUUUUUGAGCGUGUACAGAGGAUGAAACCCAGUUCUGACCAAGAAGAGAAUGAGUUAGUCAUAUUGCACCUCAGACAACUGUGUGAGUCUAAGCAGAAAACCCAUGCCCAUAUUGGAGAAGCCCCUCAGAAUGCCCCUGCUACCUCUGCGACCUCAGACUCCUCUUCCACAGGUGGGCGCUUCAAACUGGACGUGCUAAAGAACAAAGCGCGUACCUCCUUGACCAACUCCCUGGAGAAUAUCUUCUCACGGGGAGCAAGUCGUAUGCGAGGACGACUGGGUAGCAUGGGAAGCAUGAGCAGUUUUGAACGACAGGACAACUCUCCUGAGGAUUCCCCUCCUGGUACACCUCAUUUCCUUGACGACGACCCUGAUGCCCCACAAUUCCGUCGCCGUGCUCACACCUUUAGCCAUCCACCAAUCAAGAAGAGGAUCUCUUUCACUGACGUUCCAUCCACACAGACCUCCAGAGCUCCUGUGCGCAGACAGCAGUCUGUGGCCCCAGAACUACUCCAAAGCAGCCCUGACGGCAUCUCCAGAACGCGCAGCCUCUCUGAGUGCGACUCCUCCUUCAGCCUUCCCUCCUCCUUCUCAGCUCCCACUUUCCUGAAAAGUAUUUACCAGGGCUCAUUCAGCUCGUUGGCCUCCCUCCCAGACAGCGGGACCCUUAAGAGUAAUGGAGAGGGCAGAAAGCGGACUUUCUCGGGGUGCAGCAACGACUCUUUGUCUGCCGUGACUCCACGCAGAAUCUCUUGGCGUCAGAAGAUCUUUCUUAGGGUUGCCUCGCCUAUGAACAAAGCAUCUAUGCAACAUCAGGACCACAUGGAUGGACGCGAGCUCUUGCCUCUCUCCCCUCGUGCCUUCGACCAGGGCCAGGAUCCCCUCCUCAGCCUCCUGCCCUCUGAACAGCCCCCAAGUGGGGAAAGGACCGGCCAUCGCACUCCAGCCGACUACAGGGCGUUGUGGAAGAAAGCCAUCCACCAGCAGAUCCUACUGAUCCGCAUGGAAAAAGAGAACCAGCGUCUGGAGGCCAGUCGGGAUGAGCUACACAUCCGGAAGAUGAAGUUGGAUUACCAGGAAGUUGGCCAGUGCUCCAAGGACAUCCAGGCCUUCUGGGAGAAGAAGCUGAGUGUGCCCUGCAGGACAAUGGCUCAGUGGGACAAAGAGGAAAUUCUCAAUGCUCUCUGCCAGGGUGUCCCUAAAAGCAGACGUGGUGAGAUCUGGCUGCUUCUUUCUCAGCAGCAUCGUUUGCGUCACCGGCUUCCGUCCAGACAGCAGGCUCCAGACACGCCCUACCAGGACCUUCUCAAACAGCUUACAGCACAGCAGCACGCCAUCCUCGUAGACCUAGGCCGGACCUUUCCCACACACCAGUACUUCAGUGCCCAGUUGGGUGCCGGCCAGCUGUCCCUGUAUAACCUACUGAAGGCCUACUCACUGCUGGACACAGAGGUGGGCUACUGUCAGGGCAUCAGCUUCGUGGCCGGAGUCUUGCUGCUGCACAUGAGUGAGGAGCAGGCCUUCGACACACUCAAAUUCCUCAUGUAUGAGCUAGGCUUCCGUCGACAAUACCGACCCGACAUGAUUUCAUUACAGAUCCAGAUGUACCAACUGUCUCGUCUGCUGCACGACUAUCAUCGCACGCUGUACAACCACCUGGAGGAGCACGAGAUCUCGCCCAGCCUGUAUGCCGCGCCCUGGUUCCUCACGCUCUACGCUUCGCAGUUCCCCCUCGGCUUUGUCGCCCGUAUCUUCGACCUCCUAUUCAUCCAGGGCACAGAGGUGAUAUUUAAGGUGGCAUUGUGUCUGCUGAGUAGUCAUGAAGGAGAAAUAUUAGAGUGUGACAGCUUUGAGAGUAUUGUGGACUACCUUAAGACCACCAUCCCCACUCUCACCCAGAGCCAGAUGGAGCAGACCAUCUCUAAGGUUAUGGAGAUGGACAUCUCAAAGCAACUCCAUGCGUAUGAGGUUGAGUACCACGUCCUGCAGGAUGAGAUGGUUGACACUCCUCUUGUGUCUGAAGAUUCUGAUAGGUUGGAAAAACUAGAGAAGUCCAAUGCUCAGCUCAAAAAACAGAACAUGGAUCUUCUUGAGAAAUUACAGGCUGCUCGGGUAAAGAUCCAGAGCCUGGAGACCAGCGUUGAGAGUUUUCUGUCACGAGAGAGUAAGAUGAAGCAUCUGAUUCGCUCGCUGGAGCAGGAGAAGGCGUCGUAUCAGAGGACCAUCGAGCGCAUGCGAAGCUGCCUCCCGGCCGACGCCGUGGCCGACGUGGAGAUGACCCAGCUGAAGACGGGAACUAAUGGCAAAAGCAAAACGGCGGGCAAGAAACCAUGAUGUGUAAAAAAAAUGUCCAAAUGUUGGAGGUUGUACUUCCGGUAUGGA